GGGUCUGUAGAUGUCUGGGCUGCUGACGUGUAGAAAACCAGGCGUGCGAACAGUAUGCGAAAGAACAUUUCAAGGAUCUCUAGAUUUCCUACGAAGUAUUGACGACGUGAUGACCAAUGCAUCGUCUUCCACACAUUCACGAAUCGACGACGGGCAUGAGUUAUGGAUUUACAUUGCUUUAAGCUUUGGUUUUCACGGCAAUGUGUGAUGUUAGCCACAAUUUGCAAUGUAUCGGGCGAAGGGUUAUCGGAGUUGGCUUGCGUCUUUCAUAUGUAAUCCCUUUUGCUCUCCUUGUGUUGCCCGCAUCUCUUGCCUUCUUUUCAAUCCUCUGUCCUUGUUCGUUUCACUUGCGCCUGCCAUGGUUGAUAUCUCUCCUUGUUCCUCGUCUUCCUAUAUUCUUGGUGAAUACCAAUCUCUUACGCGUAAGUCUCUGGCGGUUCUUGACAGCAGCGCUGCGCCGCGGUGGCGGCCACCCUGCGCAUUCAACGAUUUGCUGGAGCUUGCUGUAAGGUUUCCGUUCUUCUAUAGACAGGAGGGAGUUUAGUAGAACCUGUGCUCUCGGUGUCCCAGCGUUGAGUGGCCAUCAAUACGAUGAUGC